UGAUGUGGUUUUGCAGAGUUCACUUCCGCAUAGGUGUUUUAGCCGGGGUUGAAGUGCUCCUCCUCUUUAAGACACAUUCAUUGGUUGUUCUUCAAUAGACUUAAACCUGCAUUUCGUGUUUUUUUGCUUUAAACUGUUGUAUGAAUGAAAUAAUCCGGAAGUGCUUCCCGCCCACAGACACUUCCUCACUGUGCUCCUCACUCGGGAAUGGAGAAUGGAGUUUGGGCUGUGUGAGUUAAUCCACUGUCUGCUGGCUCUGGCUGUCUUCGUCUUGCUCUUGCUUGUUGUAAUCGCCCAUGUCACUGCUGGGAUGGUGGAGCAGAGGUGUGAUGAGAAGGAGAAGUACUUCCUCACUGCAGCGGGCCUGAAGGAGCCUUUCCCCAGUCUAUCUGAGCCUCCUUCGCUGGAGCUCUCUGUGGUGGUGCCAUCCUACAACGAGGAAUCCAGAUUGCCUGUUAUGAUGGAAGAAGCCAUGGAGUACCUCGAGAAAAGACGGAAGAAAAAUCCUUCAUUUACCUAUGAGGUCAUUAUAGUGGACGAUGGCAGCAAAGACAAAACCACAGAGGUUGGCUUAGGAUACACAGAGAAGUACGGGGAGGAUAAAGUGAGGGUACUGACACUAGUGAAGAACCGGGGGAAAGGGGGUGCUGUGCGGAUGGGCACUCUGCGCACUCGUGGACGUCUCAUCCUGAUGGCCGAUGCAGACGGAGCCACAAAGUUUGCUGACAUUGCGAAGGUGGAGGCUGGACUACAGAAUCUCAGUCCAAAGCCAGAGAACAUGGCCAUCUCUUGUGGGUCCAGGGCUCACCUGGAAAAAGAAUCAGUGGCUCAGCGCUCUGUGUUCCGGACUUUCCUGAUGUACGGCUUCCACUUCUUGGUGUGGUUCUUCUGCGUCAAAGGGAUCAAGGACACGCAGUGUGGCUUUAAGCUCUUCACUCGUGAAGCAGCACUGAGGACAUUCAGCAGUCUGCAUGUGGAGCGCUGGGCAUUUGAUGUGGAGCUUCUGUACAUUGCCCAGUGCUUUAAGAUACCUAUAGCUGAAGUGGCAGUCAACUGGACGGAGAUAGAAGGGUCAAAGCUGGUGCCGUUCUGGAGCUGGCUACAGAUGGGAAAAGAUCUCAUCUUCAUCAGACUACGUUAUAUCACCGGUGCCUGGAGAUUGGAGUAUCCACGGAAAUCCGAGUAGGCCUUGCUGCUGUUGGUGUGUGGAUUUACAUGAGCACGCUCCAGUGUGUUCCACGUAACACCCACAAACAAUUGCUACAAAUGAUAGUGACAUACUGUUGCAGUUUGCAGUCAGUGAAUGAGAUUACUGCAAACUGUGUAGUAGCUGCAGUCCCUUUUUUAUGAUGUCAUGGUAUUGCCCAGAUGAACUGUUAAUAUUAAUGUUGAGUUCUGAAAAAUGUGGUGAUUGUCAUUUGUAAAAAACUUGACAUGCUCAGCCAAAUAAAAGAACAACACACACAA